UCAUUUAAAGCCUCAAAUUACAAUGACAUUAACACCCAUGAGGGGCCCAGAGGAAAAGGCUCGCACAGGGCGGCAUUCAUCCAAGAAGCGCUCCUGGAAACACUGAAAACAGUGGAAAGGACCUGCAAGCCUGGUGUCACUUUUUUUUUUUUACUUAUUUCCGAUUUACUUGCUCUUUUAUAUUUCUUUGUGGCUUUCCGAACUGUGCUGAUACUUUGUGCUAUUUUACCUUUUGAGUGGAGGGGCUGAGAGAGUAACGUCAAAGACAGUUCCUCACUGUAAACAUGGCGGAGGCUGCGGACACACCACAACACCGGUUUUACUGCCACUUCUGCAAGAAACAGACGGAGCCCCAACUGCCGGAUUUGGUCUGCCCCACGUGUGAGUUCGACUUCAUCGAGGAGGUAACAGAAGACUCCAGUUUCCUGCAGGAUAGUGCGUCGUCAGUAACAAAUGCAGAGUCAAACUUGCAGUUGCCAGACAUAUGGCAGCUGGUGUUCAUGGAGCGCUCCGCCCUGCUGUCCCACCCGCCCUCCUCCGAGUCCCGUCCAGAGGACCACCAGCAGGUAUCUCCAGCGUCCCCGGUCGUUACAGAGUUGCAGGAACAGGACUCGCCUUUUAAUGCUGAGCAGGACGAGUCUUCCAGGCCUGAGCAAAUUCCCGCUGUACCCGGGCUCAUGCUGCAGGUCUUGUCUGACCUGUUAGCCACCAGCGGAAACUCUUCUUCUACUCCAACCGUACUAUCAAGCAUGAUGCAGCUGUACUCAAACCCGGGAGAUUAUGUGUGGGGACAGGGAGGCCUUGACUCGGUCGUCACAGAGUUAUUAGAGCAGCUGGAGAGCACGGGUCCACCGCCGGCUAAAGAGGAGAUGAUCUCAUUGCUGCCCAGAGUUUGCGUCUCUCAAGAACAGAUAGACUGUCGACUAGAAUGUCCAGUUUGUAGGGAGGAGUAUUCGCUUGCCGAAUCUGUCAGGAAGCUUCCCUGCCUCCAUUACUUCCACAGUGGCUGCAUAGUACCUUGGUUGGAACUGCAUGACACCUGCCCAGUGUGCCGCAAAAGUCUCGAUGGCGUCGACAACAACCUCCCGCCCACGUCGCAGCCCCAAGACGAGCUCUCUGACAGGCAAGAGCAACAAGAGAGGGAGGCGAUUUGAGCAACGACUCUUGGUGUUGGAUCAGCCGCUUUUAAAUAAAAGACAUUACAUGCACCACAGCUCUGACUGCAGCUUAAGCCUUCACGUCAUUCACGCAUCUCCGUGAAGGACCUUCAUGUUUUCUACUCUAAGGAAAAUGCUAUUUUAUGCCACAGCUCCCAAGAAGCACCCAGGAGUUUGCUUGACAACAUCCUGAGCGGGUGUGCUCUUCUCACUGCGCUGCUAUCGCUGAGGCAGUUUUCUGAAUGACUGACUUUGAUGUGAUGAACUAAUAACCACUGCGCUGCUAGUGGCUGUCAAAAUGAUGGGCUCUUACAGAGUUAUGGGGAAACACUUUUACAAUAUUGUCUUGGUAAGACAGUUUCAGGAUUUUGUUGACCUUUAACCAAGUUAAAGCAGCUAUUAAAGCUUAACCCUGUGACCUC